ACAUCACCAAACGUAACUGAUGUCGUCACCACCCAUUAAUCUAUGAAACAAGCAAACAUUUAUGUUCUAAACAAUGUUGUUGAUGAGGUCAGGUAUGAUGAGGGCGUUUAAUCCCAUAUAAAUACAUGUCGCAGUCGUCUCUGAGUUUAUUCUCAGAUCAGGAAAUUCAAAAGAGUUGAAGAAGAAGAAGAAGAAGAAGAAGAAGAAGAAGAAGAAGAAGAAGAAGAACAAAAAUGGUUGCCCUUUUUUCUCCGAUGUCGUUUCCCAACAUGGGGUGGUCUAUCGACGAUUACAUUAGCCAUGAACAGUUCGGCACUGAUCUCUACAGCAACGCCGCCGGCGACACUUCACCCGACGCGCCGCCGCCGCAUUUUGUCUCUCUCCCCUCUUCUCCGCUGCCGCCGGCAAUGGAGCGCUGCGACUCCCUGAAAUUCGACGGCGGGUCGACUGACAUCGGUAGUGGUGGUGGAGGUGGCGGCGAUUCCGCCACCGCCGGCAUGGUGAAGAAGCUCAGCCAUAAUGCCAGCGAACGCGACCGGAGAAAGAAAAUGAAUGGAUUGUUCUCCUCUCUCCGUUCUCUGCUUCCAGCUUCUGAUCAAAAGGCGAGGAUGAGCAUACCGACGACAGUAUCGCGAGUUGUAAAAUACAUCCCGGAAUUACAGAAAGAGCUGGAGAGGUUGCAGAAGAAGAAGCAAGAACUGACAUCAAGAGUUAAUUCAUGGCAAAAAAUUUCUAAAUCGCCGCCUGAAUUCAACAAGAGAAGAAGAGUGAUGGGAGGUCAUCAUCAUAAUCGUCAGAGCUAUUUAUCAGCAACUCAAGUAGGUGAAAGAGAUAUAGUGAUUCAGAUCUGCAGCAAGAAAGGAACCCAGAAUUUAUUUGCAGAUGCCCUCUCAUGUUUAGAGCAAGAAGGCCUGGUUCUUCUGGACUCAUCCACUUUUCAAACUUCUGAAGAUAGAGUUAAUUUCCACACACUGCAUCUUCAGGUGCAAGGAAUUGAAAUGAUGGAGGUUGAUAAGUUGAAGGAGAAGCUUCUGUCAUAUUUCAAUGAGGAGCAAACUUGUCUAUCAUGAUACAAAGUGAUGUUAAUUAAUUGCAUGUUACGUUGUUAUAGUGUAAUUAAACAAGAGUCUUAUCCAAACUUGUGUUUUGUAAUCAACUCUAAUUGUUUUUAGUCUAA